UGAAAAAGAACUACUGCUUCCCGAACUGCUUGCGCUUGUUCCUACUUUCGGUUUCUUCUUCUUCUAGCAGGGACACUUCAUUAAAUCAUCUCGUGGCCGUUUCUUACUAGGACCUGAAUCAGAGUCAGAUGAAUCCCUUUCACGGAUGACUACUUGUCGAGAUUCAUAGGUUGCAGGAUGUUUUACAACAGGUUCUUUUUUUGCCAGUUGCUCUUUUGUCGUCGACACAUAGCAUGGAGUCUUUGUUCUCGCCAUUCCUGGUACACAGAUAACAAAACUACCUUGUUAGACAUAUUUAUUAAAACUUACAAUACCAACCCUAUGAAACAUUCAAAAAAGAUAGUAUCAGGAAUGCCUAUGAUACGUGUACAACUAGUGUUAGUGGUACAAGUAUCACUAGUGGUACACGUAUCACUAGUUGUACUUGUACAUUUAUCAUUAGUGUUACCGGUACACUAAUCCCUAAUGGUACUGGUACAAGUACCACUAGUGUUACUGAUACACGUAUCACUAGUAGUACAUAUACCACUACAAAACAUUCUACCACUACUACUAGAACUGGUACCAAUACCACUACCACACCAAUUCAAAGUACCACUGCAUUAUUCAAACAACACACAAGCUACUAAAGAAAGGAAUGGCUGGUAUAAAGAAACCUCCCCUGGUAUGUUUUCAACCGCCGUAUAAAGUAUCGAGGGAGGAAGGAUGUCCGGCGAUGCAAUGAAAGAACGGAAAAAAUGAAUGGUUAUGAUUUGGAUUAAAUCACGGUUGGCCGCUGGGAAAGGACGAUCGAAGAGGAGGUAAGGCCGCUGGGAAACGACCAGUUCAAGCCAGUCCAUAGAACUUCAAUUGAGCAAAAUUUUAAACGACCAGAAUCAAGAAGAAAGGAAUGGAGGAAAUAGACCCGAAUUGCCUUUACUCUCAACGACCAAGUCUUCGAACCCAGUGGGGAAAUGAGCAAGAUGAUGCAGGGGAAAGGAAACCGACGACAAUGUUUAUCGACGACGAUGCAAGGGUUUUCUUUGUGGGUUAUGGGAGCUGAUGGAGGCUGGCCAGGCGAACGGCUUUUUUGCGAGGAAGGUGGCGGAUUAGUGUCCGAAAAUCUUUCCCCUUUCAAAACUGAAUUUCGCGUGACACCAUAGGAGGAGUAGGGGAACGGAUCCAGUGGAGCACCUAUCCAUUUUGCCCUUGAUGAUUAUCGACCGCCAGAUCGUGAGGAAGGGAGAUGGGCGGCUGGGAAGGGGGAAGCGAGAUUGACAACCCCUUUAGGGGGUUGUCACACUAUCCAAUCCCUCGGAUUUGUUGUCAUCAAAUACAUGAAGUAAACAAUAAACUUUGGACAAAGUUGAUGAUAGAUCCAAAUCUAUCACCAAAUCCAUCAAACAAACAAAAAUCAGACUCUACUCGUGGCUCCUCGCGCAUGCAGUGGUAGCUGGUAAGAGUUUGCCACAUUAUGUUUCCAUCGUAUCAUUGUAAGAAUUGGUUAAUUGUGAACCGUGAUUACUUCUCUUCGUAUAAACCUAUAUAGUGUUCAUACUUUAUUGGUUUAAUUGGUACAUUAGAUCGAACACUCGUAUAGGAGGUUGUAUCGGAAAAGUAAGUGGUACUAUGGUAGACCUAUGAGUAAUCAGAUAUGGACCUUCCAUUUUAAGUGGACCCAGAAAAUUUAGAUUUAAGGCUUGUGAAUUAAAUACAUUUUAUUUUCCCUAAUUUUUUUAAUUGGCUCUUUAUGUUUUUCGUUUGAGCUCGGAUUUCAAUUUUGUUUGCAUAGAUAGAACGAGUUCGUUGUGCUCUUCAAAAUGAGAUCAAUUUUCAAUAUUUUAUUAGAAUUUUUUUCAUACCUCUCGUUACCAACUUCAUACCAUAUGGUAACUUCUUCAUUUUUAAGUCGUUUUUGAAACUAUUUGCUUAGAAGGAAUGAGUUCAUCAUGAUCUAUUAGAUCUACAAAUUUCCGGGUGAAAAAAAUACAUGACAAAAAAUUACCAUACUUUACCAUCCUGGUAUGGGGGUGGUAACUUGUGGUAAAUAAUGAUAAAAGUCGUAAAUGACAAUUAGUAUACUCCUACUAUCAUGCAUGUAUUCAACAUUCCUACACUUUUAGUAUGCUCAUACGAUCAUGGUACACUUUCUUACCAUAUGGUAUGCUCCUAUGUGCAUUGUUGGUCACUAAGAUUACAAAAAACGUUCAUGUUUGGUCACUCGAAAUAUUUAAAUCCAUUCGUGGUCACUAACUUUACAUUUUUCGUUUCAUCAUUAGUCACUCUCCGUUCAAUAAUAGGUGACCGUUAAAUAAAUGACAUGUCCAUUAAAAAAUAAAAAAAUAAUUUUUUUAAUUAUUUAACAAUUCCACCUCAUAACUACUUUGCACUUAUCUAAUACCGGGGGGGGGGGGGGGGGGGGGGGGGAUCCCUAAUUCAUAUUUUUUGCGGUGGCCUUUAAGUGCUCUUUCUCCCUAUUCAGUAUGCACUCAUCAUUGUGUCGCUCCAAGAUAUGUUGGCCUGAAACACGUAACGCCCAACACCGCCGCCCUAAACUUACCUAUGCCAAAAGAAGAAGAAUUCGGAGGCGAAACCAAGUGUGGAGGUUUGUUCGCCUGAAAUCGCUAGUCGUCGUCCUCGUCAAUCCUUGUCAUCGCCGCCAGCAACACCCAACCUUCCUCCUCCGACUAUGUCCACUACCGCCGUCAAUAGUCACCUCUACAACAUCUUCUUCCUUUCUUGCGGUGGUUGGUUCGUUAGAAGUUGAAGUUUCACCAAAGAGCUGGCGAAUCUGGGUUGGCAAAGAGAGAGCUUAGAAAUUGAGUUCCGGAUCUACCGUCUCUUCUCAGCGUCGGUCUUCCCUUGAAUCGAGAGUCGCGCGACGAGACCAUACUUAUGCAUCCAAGAAUCGGGAGCUAUCGCGGGUCCAUACUUUUGCAUCCAAGAAUCAAGAGUCGUCGUUGAGAUUGAGAUCAAAGGAAGAAGAAACGUUUGUUUUUUUUGGGAACGACGAUUGAUGUUGGCUUGGGAUUUAUGGGGAUAGGGUUGCGAUUCUGGGGAUGGCGUCGAGGAUGGAGACCAGCGGAAGAAAAAGCGUUCCACCUUAUUCCGAGCUCGCCGACGCAAAUUCCCCAAAUCUGAAGAUGUCUUCGCCGACGAUUCCUCUCUCUUUAUCCUCAAUUCAGGCGGCGAAACAUGUGGAUAGGCUUGGUUUGCGUCGCCGUCAACUCCCAUCAACCCACCAAUUUGCGACUCCCGCGGGCAUGGAUCCCAAUCGCAACUCCAGGAAGCAGAGGAGGGCCAGGAUGCUACUCUAAAGGAAAAUCUCGUUGCCGCCAGCGACCGCGCCAGAGAGGAGAUGGAGGUGGUGGAUGGAGUCUGUGAAGAGACGCACGACUCAUUUUAAGUUUUUUUAGUUUUAAUAGCGGUGAAACUUAUGUGGAAAAUUUAAACAAUUAAAUUUUAUUUUUUAUUAAUUAUUUAUUAGCUACAUCCCUUGUUUAAUGGUCUACUAUGAAAGUUGAAUGCCACAUCAGAAAAAAUAAACGGAGUUGGACGGAGAGUGACCAAACUUGAACGCUUAAACUAAUUUUAGUGACCACGAAUGGAUUUAAAUAUUUCUAGUGACCAAACAUGAACGUUUUUGUAAUUUCAGUGACCAACCAUGCAAUUAAACCAAUUUUUUUGUUCUAAAAAUAUAUCAAACUGAAUAUCAUUUUAAAGAGCACAACUAAUCUGAUUUAUCUGUGCAAAAAAAAUUAAAAUCUAACUUAAAAUGAGAGAGAAACUGUCCAUUACAAAUUAAAAGAAAAGGAUAAAAGAAUUUUCAUGAAAGAGAGGGAUGCUCAUGGUUACUCAUGAUUACAGACCUGAUCUGCUUCCGGAUUUGACUACCCUGCUUGGCGACAGCCCAGAGCAUCGGGAAAUAAGAAAGUAAAGUCAAGAGAAAAUGAUGGUGGAAAAGAACAUUCCAAACAACUAAACAUGUUUGGGUACAAAUAAGAUACCGAUACUCUAAAGAUAUUUAUUUUCCCUGUCAAUUAUAUUGAGUCACAAGCGGUAAUGAUGGGUACCCGUUCCUACAUCAACAGCCACCCAGCAAUUCCGUGAUCGCUUUGCUCCACACCAAUCAGUUCACCGUCCUCAUUGCCUAACGCAAUGCAACAUAACUUCAACGGUUAGAAUAUUUCCAUUGGUUUUUUUAUAUGUGACAAAGAGGAGAUUUGAUUUAUUGGGAACUUCACGCACAAAUGAGAACACGAUUGGCACAAGUUGUUUUCAAUAAAAGAUGGUUGGCUGGCUGGAGCAAUUAAUUUUGCUUUUUUCUGGUUUGGAGAUUGUUGGGGAAAUUAAUUUGAAAACACGAGAGCAUGAAUGUGGUUGCCUCCUCUCUGUGAGGGUUUAAAUUGAUCAAAUCUCAAGAAGUUGGUCAGUCACACCAACACCACCUUGCCCUAUUCAACUACUACAAUGCUUUCUUAAACAGCUGUUUUAAUCCACAUGUAGGAAACAUAAAGUACUUAUCAAUAGUCAUAUAUAAUUCUAUACAUACUAUUUAUGGAAAACAACUAAUUUUUCAUGAUUAAUUUUAACGAGUUAUAUCUCUUUGUUUUCAGUCGUAAUUUUUUUAAAGCUAAAUAAGAUUAAUUUGUACUAUUCAAAAUGACAUCCGCUUUGAUAUGGGAAGAGUUUGGGUUGUGGUGGCGAGAGUAAGCAUUCUGGGUUGAGAAAGUGAUAACACCCAAAUUGGUGUUAUUUACCUUUCAUAUCUAGGUUUGUUUCGUGCUAAUUAAUUCAUGUGCAUAAUCAGAAGAAUAUCAUCGAUUGCAUUCUUAUUUCGUUCCUAUUUGAUUACAUCGUGGUUUUAGGGUGCUUUAGACGAUAUAUGUGAAUUAGGUACGAAAAAGGGCACAAGCGUAUCAAAAUGGACAGGAAGCUGUUGAUCACAACCUGAAGGGGAAGAUCUCGACAGAGAAAACAUACAACGAAACAGAGGUGAAGAUCGCGGCCCGAGAACCCAAGUUCGCGGCCGCGAAACUUGAGCUAUUGGGCGCGAACUUCGUGGAGAAGCCAACCGAGAAAGAACAGAAAGUUUCGUCAGUCUGGUCACGGUCACCACCUCACCUGAGCGCGAGGAAGUUCGCGACCAUUAGUCAGCUCGUGAACUCCCAGCAAACGAAGCGCAAAACGGCGACGCCUGAAGAUCGCGGUCUCGUGGGAAAAGAUCACGAGCGCGAUAUCCCCCUGCUCAGCCGCGAACGUGUUCGUCCCCCUGAAGUCUAUAAAUAGACCAUUUUAAGAAAGUUGAUUUUGAAAU